AAACUUCAGGCUGAGUUCAGAUAAAUCAGGAGAAACUGAGGAAUGCCUACAACAUCAUCAAACUCUUCAAGGAGUAUCUUGAGCUGAGCAGUGAGGACUAGGAGAAUAACUUACUCUGCAGUGAAUUUGUGCACCUGGUCAAGGAGAGCCACAAGAUGGACUUUGGGAUGGUUUAUACUGAGGGAAGCACCAACUCCAAGAAGGGUAGGAUGUGACCAUAAGACCCUUCCCAGGCCUUCAAGCCUACACCUUGAGGUUGCCCUAGCAUUGGAUACCCUCCAAGUGAGUGUGGGCUUAGUGAGAAUAGACGAUGCUUGGAAAAGUGUUGGAGAUGUCCAUUCUUGCCUUAAACACUUCUGCCCUAGGUCAAAGAGGCCAAGGCUCUGGCUCUACUUCUACCACAAGCUUCAGCAUGGCAGUACCUCUCACCACUUUUUCUGGUCAGAGGGCGGAAAUGAGUGUCCUGGAAACCAAUCGGUACUUGCGCUCCCAGCUGGAAGAAAGCAAACAGAAAUUCCGAGAUCUCACAGAGAAGUACCUCACAUCUACAGCUACAGCUUACUGCCUGGCCAACCACCUGCAGAAAUACAAGUGUGAAGAGUACAAAGACCUCAUUGAAUCUGUGCUGGAGGAGGAGCUGCAGUACGAGGAGAAAGAACCGGUGGAGAAGAGUCCAGCUGCAAGGCUCGGGAAAUAUGAUCCCCUAAUUCAGGCUCAAGCCCAAGAACUGACCAACUUACGGCAGAAGAUACAGGAAGGGAGAAGUUUCUGCUACCUUUUCUCCCAGCAUGUGAAGAACACAGUCGAGUCUUUUGAGGGCCUCCUCAGGAACACUGACAUUGCCCACUACCAGGGACAGAGACUCCGUGAGCAACUGGCCCAAGGAAGCCAGCUGGCAGAGAGCCUUGCCAGCAAACUCACAAGGAAAAAUCAUAAUGGUAAGAUGGAUGAAGACACACAAGAGCUACUGGUCUCCAGGCUCAGCAGGGAUGUCCAGGAGGCGGAGCUGAAGGACUCACUAGAUGAACGGUAUUUGACUGGCGUCAGCCGCCAUGAUUCCCAGCAGCCUCCCAGCAGCAACGCUUUCCUGUCUGGUGCACAGGAAGCCACCUCUGCUCUGGAUGUAGCCAGAUUCUUUAUCUCCUAUCUUAUUCCAUGCCCUGAUGGAAUGGCUGCAGACGAUGAGAUCCGGAACCUAGAGCAGCACCUGAGGGAAACUCUUUUCAUCAAUGACUGCCUGCGAGAAAAGUUGGAAUAUCAUCUCAGCAUCUUUGACCAAAGAAACGGAUGCAACUCCAACCUCUACAGGCAGAUCCUAGAUUCCAUUGCCCAGCUGUAUAAUGAAAACAGAGUCCUCUGGGAUGAAUACCAGAGACUUCCUGCUUGCCUGAAUCGUACUUCCAGAGGUAACAACUAAUGUUGGAAGUAUGAAAAGUUCCUGUUUAAUUUCAACAAAGCUUAGUCACAAACCAUUCCCCAAUUGAUGAGAAAAACAAAAACAACAAAACAAGUGAAAAUCCAAAUCUAAAAGCAAGAGGGCUCCACCUCUAAGAACCAAAUUUUACAGCCACUCGAGAUUUUUACUCCAGAUGAAUAGUUUGGUCGCAGAAAUCACAGCCCUUCAGCCUGCAAAGGUGAUAACUUCCCAAGGGAUCUAGUGUCGAUAUUCACAGAUAAUCUUGAAAGGCCCUCCCUUUUCCUUCCCCACUCCCAUCCUAUGUAUGAUUGGAGUCUACAGCAGCUGGAGGAGAAUAAGUCAGAAUAAUGCCCCUGCAGACUAUUCAUCAGCUCUUCAGCAUAUGUCCAUUUUCCUUGAAGGUUGAGGUUUAGAAACCUCUGUGAAUAAAGUUUAUUUUGUACUCAU